GUUCCCGGCAGGCGGGCACCAUUCUUCAGAAUAAAGAAAGCGCCAGAACGGUGCAGUCAAGAAAAUAACCGUUGUGUGUGUCCGUUUCAAUUUACUACUACAGGCUGACUCAGAUUAAGUCUGAGGCCGGUAACAUCAACAGUGACGACAAACCCAGCCUGCCUCUCUCCUUCCACACUGAGUCCAAACCGACAGUCACUGGGUCCUGAUUGUGACAGUGGAGCCCAGUUUGCACAGCAGGAUCCAGAAAUGGCAUCAGUGAAGCUGGAAGACUGCAGUCAAAUACUGGAGCUGAAUGUUAACAUUAAAGAUGAAGACGAGGAGAAGAUUGGGACAUCUGUUUCUCAUGGCCGACUCAGAGCAAGUAAGAGUCCGGUAACAUCAACAGUGACGACAGACCCAGCCUGCCUCUCUCCUUCCACACUGAGUCCAAACCUAAAGUCACUGGGUCCUGAUUGUGACCGUGGAGCCCAGUUUACACUGCAGGAUCCAGAGAUGGCAUCAGUGAAGCUGGAAGACUGCAGUCAAACACUGGAGCUGAAUGUCAACAUUAAAGAUGAAGAAGAGGAGGAGAAGAUUGGGACAUCUGUUUCUCAUGGAGAUCAUGUUGAGACAUUCUCUACAUCCAGAGAGCAACAGCAGGAAGAUGACAGAGCUAAGAGGUCUCACCACUGCCCACACUGUGAGGAGAUUUUCCCAAUUCUAUCAACGCUAAAAAUCCACCUACAAAUGCAUACAGGAGAGAAUCUGUAUUUCUGCACUGACUGUGGGAAGAGAUUCAAAACAUCAAGGGUUCUGACAGUUCACCAGAGAGUACACACAGGAGAGAAGCCUUACUCCUGCUCUGACUGUGGAAGGAGUUUCUCUCAACUGAGCAACUUUAAAACACAUGAACGUAUACACACAGGAGAGAAGCCUUACUCCUGCUCUGACUGUAGGGCGAGUUUCUCUCAAUCGAGCCACCUAAAACAGCAUGAACGUAUACACACAGGAGAGAAGCCUUACUCCUGCUCUGACUGUGGAAAAUCCUUCAUAACAUCAUCUGAUCUAAAAGUUCACCAGAGAACACACACAGGAGAGAAGCCGUACUCCUGCUCUGACUGUGGAAGGAGUUUCUCUCAACUGAGCAACUUAAAAAAACAUGAACGUAUACAUAAAGGAGAGAAGCCGUACUCCUGCUCUGACUGUGGAAAGAGUUUCUCUCACUCGAGCUACCUAAAACAACAUGAACGUAUACACAGAGGAGAGAAGCCAUACUCCUGCUCUGACUGUGGAAAAUGCUUCAUAACAUCAUCUGAGCUAAAAGUUCACCAGAGAACACACAGGAGAGAAGCCUUACUCCUGUUCUGACUGUAGGGUGAGUUUCUCUCAAAUGGGCCAGUUAAAAAGACACCAAGGUGUACAUAAUAGUAGCCUCAUCAGUUCUCUCAGACCAGCUAAGAUUAGUCACUCCACUUAAUUCUCAUCUCAUAAAAUAAUUGGCAACAUUGAGUUGGAUCAAAUGAAGAAAGUGUAGAACACUAUUGUAAUCCUAUUGUUUCUCACUGUGAGAACAAGGCAGAGGAAAGGGAGUGUCAUAGAAUGUUAGCCUCUUUUUACUGAUCAGUGUACAUCUUGUCAGUUUUGCUGUGUUUUUUUAGCCCGCGUCCAUAGAGACACAUACCAGCUCUACUAGUACUGCACCUGUCGACGACACAAGUUGUUCUGCUUCCAUGAGCACAUCCAAUGCUAGCAUCAGUAAUUCUACAUUUGUUGUUUGCCCAGCUAGCAUGGACACUGCGGCUGCAUCAGAAUCACAACUGUCAGAGCUACUGCCUGCUUACUCGGGAAAGCACCAAACAACAGACAGGGAUGUUGGACCAUCGAAGAGGUGCAAAUAUGAUGAGACCUACAUUGAUUUGGGGUUCACUUAUAUUGGGAAUAGUGCCUUUACUCAGCCACAGUGUGUUAUCUCACAACUCGAUGAAACCUUCACUUUUGUGAAUGCAGACAUUUAGAAACAAAACAUGCCAAUUUGAAAAAUAAGCCACAGGAGUUUUUUGAGCGAGAGUUGAGACGACUUUCCAGUAGUAAGACAUGUAUAAACCAACAGAUGCCAUUAAUAAGAAGGGGCUAGAAGCAUCUUAUAUUGUGAGCUACUGAGUGGCUAGGACAGGCAAGCACCAUACCAUUGUGGAGGACUUAAUUCUUCCUGCUUCUGCGGAUAUGACUGCGACAAUGCUGGGGGAAAAAGCCAAAAAAGCUAUACUGUUUCAUGAUGCAUCAGUGACAUGGCAGAUGUUUUGAAACAAUUACUGCUUUGCGUACAAGCCAGUGAAUUCUAUGCGUUACAGCUGGAUGAGUCAACAGACAUGGCGGGCCUGGCACAGCUCCUGGUAUAUGUCCGUUACGUUUUUGGGGGGUCAAUUAAGGAAGACAUCCUCUUCUGCAAACCACUUGAAACCGGGACAACAGGGCAUCUUUUUAAAGUACUGGACAGCUUUGUGACAUCAAAUGGACUUUGGUGGUCAAGAUGUUGGUAUCUGUACUGAUGGCGCAAAAGUCAUGACAGGGCGACAGUGAAGUGGUAACACGCGUGCAAGCAGUUGCUCCCAACAUUACUUGGGUACACUGCAGCAUCAACCGAGAGGCUCCUGCUGCCAAGGGAAUGCUUGACAGCUUGAAAGACGUUUUGGACACUACAGUGAAAAUGGUUAACUUUGUUAACAAGGACAACACACAGGUCUUUCCAUCAUUGUAUGAUUUUGUUUGUCUGAAAAUGAACUCAAGCUUACGGACAAGGUCAAAUGUGAUCUAGCGAAGCACCUGAUUAUUAAAUUGUCUUUUAUUGCUAGAUUCAUUGUUCUAGUCAUUGAUUAAUUAAUUGUAAUAGCUGUUGAAGUUAAUUGAUAUUAAUUUGUUCUGGGCAACAUCUGCUCUUGUGGAUAAUUUUAAAUGAAACAAACUGUUUUAAAUGAAAUGGUGUCUAUAUAUGAACCAAAUUGAUUUGAUCCCAUUCUCACAAACAAAUGGCGUACACUGUGUAUAUACAAUUGUUGACAUCCGAUGGUCAUUCUUAUGGUGGGUUGCAAAAUGCAGGAUCCUUCCAAGUUGAACCCACCAGAGGGGGACUGUCAUAACUGGCCUGUGAGGAUCAGGUUACAGUGGAUCACGGUUCUACAGAGAUAUCUCUCCCUCCCGAAGAGGGGGAGAAGUAUAGAGGGAUUGAUGAGGGGGGUUUAUGACCUCACGCCCAUGGUAAAUUAUAAGGCAACAGCCCAACUCCAUUCUGUUCUCUAAUGUGAGAGACUGGAAUGUCUGUGUGCCUUAGGAAGAGUUUACAGCUCAAAACUACACAACAUCAAAUAAAUGGACUUUGGGACAUGUAUAUUUGAUCAGCCAAAUGGUGGAAACAAUGAUGGCUGGAAUAUGAAAAUGAAUGUCUAUUUUAUGAUGUUCUUAAAAAGUUGAGGAUGUUAUAACGAAAACAUUAACUUGAAGAGUUUUCAUAAUGUAUAUGUGAUGUUUACAUACUUUGUAGAAAAUAUGCAGAUGAAAGAGAAUGUUUUGGUGAUAAAACUGAUUUUAGUUGUCUAAACAAGAUCAUAGUAAAUCCUAAUACCUUGCCUUGUAACUAGCUACACCUAGGGAACCCAGAGAGUGUGUCAUAAAGAUGGAAAGGCCCCUUUCUACUCUACGGUAUAAAACAUGAGUUAAGAAUUUACAUAUCAGACUAAGUUGACCAUGCGCUGCAGCCGAGGUCUACAACUAGUCGUGACCCUGAAACGCAACACGAGGUUGAAGACAAAGUAAAUCUCUGAACAAUCAAGUUUAUGGUGGAGUAGCUAUUCUAAGUUCUGUAUCUAGGAAGUUGAAUUUAAGCAGAACCAUCCGGCUAUUCUUUUCAAGUCACCGGUUGUCUACACGGCCCUCUUACCCACGCCGGGAGCAUCGACACGGCUGAUUAGCCUCCUCAGAAGCCCACUCUCACAGAAGAAGUGCAAGGAAACUGACAACUAAAUGAAAGGACAUUGUGACAUCGUUUGGAAAAUCAGAGACUUACACCUGAAGACGAAUGACCAACGCGUUGGCGAAACCUUUCCCACUAAGCGGAAGUAGACCCACAAAGAGAUACCUAACAGAGACCGUAAAUACAUGCAUUACACUUUUUACCCAUAACCGGGGCAGUUCAGGGCAAGGUGUUAGUGCUGAAACUAAGCAUAAUUUACAAAUGUAUCCAAGUGUUGAAUUUCUCUCUUGCGCUCUCUCUCUCAAUCUCUCUGUAAAUCUCCAUCUUGUGUUGGUCCACUAGGGACCUGUUGCCAUUGUAUGAAGUUUUAACCAAUAACCUGGACUGUUUGUGUAUAUUUAUCUUAUGUUAUUAUUUAACUGGUUAGUAAAUAAAUAAUCAACUCAA